CAGAGCUGGGGCGGCACAUCCCAGGGCAGAAAAGGUGGCUGCGAGGAUUCCAAACGUUCUGCUUGCAAAUUCAGCGAGAAGGGACUCCAGCAGGAGCCUGUUGCCAUUGUGUUUUAAAAGCAGGCAAGUGGAAACCAGCAAUUCUGAGAUUUGGGGAAGAAGUUGACUUUGGCUCUAUAUAUGGUUUCCAAUCCCUCUGCCCAGGUCUUUGUCCAACACGUCUCAGACGGUAGCACUGCAUUAAAGUGACCACACGGGAAUAUGUGCCUAAGAAAGAAGAAAAAGCAAUAUUCAUUUCUAAAUGACAGCAUGGCAAAGCAACCUGAACUUUUCCAUUUCCCUUCUGACACUUCGGUCACAAGGAUAACAAGAAACUGUCUUUUGAGUCCUUUUGUCCCACAUUCCAUAGUUCUUCCUUUGAGGAUGCAUUAAUUUAUACUCAAGGCAAUUGGAUUAAAAAAAACAAACCAGGACAAUAUUUGCCAUCAUUUAAGAUUAGCAGUUUGACUGGUUAUUUUAGGAUGUUGACUAACUAAUGGAGCCUAAAUGGAUGGACCUGUACCUGCAGGGUGCUCUGUGAUGUUUCGUUCUUCAAAUCCUGGAAGGGCUUUUAUUGUUGCUUUUGGGGAUUUUGGGGGGGAAUCUUUUUGGAACUCAAUACUUGUUGCAAUAAUUGCCCAUGAUAGCUGCACAAACAAAAGAGUUGGAAUCAUCUGUGAAAAUCACUACAUGUAACACAGGAGAGAAGGAAAAUAUUGAUGACAAGAAAUCUGCGAACAUGAUGCACGUGAAUAAUUUCCCCUUUAGAAGGCAUUCCUGGAUAUGUUUCGAUGUGGACAAUGGCACAUCUUCGGGACGGAGUCCCUUGGAUCCCAUGACCAGCCCAGGAUCUGGGCUAAUUCUCCAAGCAAACUUUGUCCACAGUCAACGCCGGGAGUCCUUCCUGUACCGAUCUGACAGUGAUUAUGAUCUCUCUCCAAAGUCUAUGUCCCGGAACUCCUCCAUUGCCAGUGAUAUACAUGGAGAUGACUUGAUUGUGACUCCGUUUGCUCAGGUCUUGGCCAGCCUGAGGACUGUACGGAACAACUUUGCUGCAUUAACUAAUUUGCAAGAUCGAGCACCUAAUAAAAGAUCACCCAUGUGCAACCAACCAUCCAUCAACAAAGCCACCAUAACAGAGGAGGCCUACCAGAAACUGGCCAGCGAGACCCUGGAGGAGCUGGACUGGUGUCUGGACCAGCUAGAGACCCUGCAGACCAGGCACUCCGUCAGUGAGAUGGCCUCCAAUAAGUUUAAAAGGAUGCUUAAUCGGGAGCUCACCCAUCUCUCUGAAAUGAGUCGGUCUGGAAAUCAAGUUUCGGAGUAUAUAUCAAACACAUUCUUAGAUAAGCAACAUGAAGUGGAAAUUCCUUCUCCAACUCAGAAGGAAAAGGAGAAAAAGAAAAGACCAAUGUCUCAGAUCAGUGGAGUCAAGAAAUUGAUGCACAGUUCUAGUCUGACUAAUUCAAGUAUCCCGAGGUUUGGGGUUAAAACAGAACAAGAAGAUGUCCUGGCCAAGGAACUAGAAGAUGUGAACAAAUGGGGUCUUCACGUUUUCAGAAUAGCAGAGUUGUCUGGUAACCGGCCACUGACUGUUAUCAUGCACACCAUUUUUCAGGAACGGGACCUGUUAAAAACCUUUAAAAUUCCAGUAGACACUUUGAUUACAUAUCUUAUGACCCUUGAAGACCAUUACCAUGCUGAUGUGGCCUAUCACAACAAUAUUCAUGCUGCAGAUGUUGUCCAAUCUACUCAUGUGCUAUUAUCUACACCUGCUUUGGAGGCUGUGUUUACAGAUUUAGAGAUUCUUGCAGCAAUUUUUGCCAGUGCAAUACAUGAUGUAGAUCAUCCUGGUGUGUCAAAUCAGUUUCUGAUCAAUACAAAUUCUGAACUUGCCUUGAUGUACAACGACUCCUCUGUCUUAGAAAACCAUCAUUUGGCUGUGGGCUUUAAGUUGCUACAGGAAGAAAACUGUGACAUUUUCCAAAAUUUGACCAAAAAACAAAGACAAUCCUUAAGGAAAAUGGUCAUUGACAUUGUUCUUGCGACAGAUAUGUCCAAACACAUGAAUCUGCUGGCUGAUUUGAAAACUAUGGUUGAAACUAAGAAAGUGACAAGUUCUGGGGUUCUCCUUCUUGAUAAUUAUUCUGAUAGGAUUCAGGUCCUUCAGAAUAUGGUGCACUGUGCAGAUCUCAGCAACCCCACGAAGCCUCUGCAGCUGUACCGCCAGUGGACAGACCGGAUAAUGGAGGAGUUCUUCCGCCAAGGAGACCGGGAAAGAGAGCGCGGCAUGGAGAUCAGCCCCAUGUGUGACAAGCACAACGCAUCUGUGGAAAAAUCACAGGUGGGCUUCAUAGACUAUAUUGUUCAUCCACUCUGGGAGACGUGGGCAGACCUCGUACAUCCUGAUGCCCAGGACAUUUUGGACACUUUGGAGGACAAUCGGGAGUGGUACCAGAGCACAAUCCCUCAGAGCCCCUCUCCUGCACCUGAUGAUCAAGAAGAGGGCCGGCAGGGUCAAACUGAGAAAUUCCAGUUUGAACUAACUUUAGAGGAAGACGGCGAGUCAGACACGGAAAAGGAUAGUGGAAGUCAAGUGGAAGAAGACACUAGCUGCAGUGACUCCAAGACUCUGUGUACACAGGACUCAGAGUCUACUGAAAUUCCCCUUGAUGAACAGGUAGAAGAGGAGGCAGUAGCAGAAGAAGAAAGCCAGCCAGAAGUUUGUGUCAUAGAUGACUCUUCUCCUGAUACGUAACAGUGCAAAGACUCUCACACCUUUUUGUUUUGUUUUGUUUUGUUUUUAAGUAGAAAAAAAUCAUUGUUUCCAAAGUGCAUGUCACAUGCCACAACCAUGGUCACACCUCACUGUCAUCUGCCAGGACCUUUGCUGAACAAAACUGACCUUGACUACUCAGUCUGGCGCUCAGGAAUAUUGUAACCAAUUCUUUUCACCUUCCCAUGUCUGGAGAGCAAGGGGGACAUCUUCAUAAGCAGCAUUUUAACCUGAUUUCAGCUUCAUAGAGCUGACAAAGCAGAUAAAAUCAACUCCAAAAUGUUUGUAAGGGAAUGUGGCUCAUCAGGCAGCCCAAAAGUGGAAAAGACUUGGGGUUCCUUUUCUCAUUUGUGUGUUACAUUUUCAGAAAUAAGGCAUUUCACAGGUGGAGUGAACUCAAUUAAUAAAGCAACAACAACAACAAAAUGUCUUGAAGGGGACACAGCAUGAAUCUGUUCCCAGAAGGAGUAUGAGCCACAGGAAUUGCAUAAUUUUCUAAUUUCAAGUCUUCCUGAUACGUGACUGAAUAGUGUGGUUCAGUGAGCUACACUCACCUCUACAUUUUGUAUGAUAUGUAAAACAGAUUUUUUGUAGAGCUUACUUUUAUUAUUAAAUGUAUUGAGGUAUUAUAUUUAAAAAAAAAAAAACUCUGUUCAGAACUUCAUCUGCCACUGGUUAUUUUUUUCUAAGGAGUAACUUGCAAGUUUUCAGUACAAACCUGUGCUACACUGGAUAAAUCUAAUUUACGAAUUUUACCUGCACCUUUACAGUUCAUAGCAAUUAACUGAUUUGUAGUGAUUCAUUGUUUUAUAUACCAAUGACUUCCAUAUUUUAAGACAAAAAAAACCUUAUGUUGCAGGAAACCCUGUUUGUAAGUCUUUGCUUACUUGCUUUUUAUUUCACUAUUUCCUAGUCAACAGAGUUGCUCUCUACCAAUGUCUUUCUUCACAGUGUCCAAAGUGAAUAUUCUGUAAUAUUUUGAUGUGCAUUAUGUCAAAUGUGUCUUAAGUCUCAUAGAAACUCAAUCAUCAGUUGGUGUCUGAAUCAAAUGGAAGAUGUGUAAAUACCCAGUAGCUAACACAGUCUGUCUUUUUUAGGUAUUUUCCCACCUACUGUCUUCUGAUGACUUUUUGCUGUGUCAAGAGGCAUGCAUUUCACCAGUGCAUGUCUUUGUAAUAACCUACACAUUUCUCAUCUGUAUUUUUUAAUAGUCUGUUAUAGUGAGAAAAGCAUUUUCCCUUCAUGCAGCUUUAUUAUUUAAUGUGUGCUUGAACUAAUAUCCAUGCCCACUUGGUGGCAUCUUACCAAGUAUGUCACCACCGUUCUUAUUGAUGAUACAGUCAAGUCAGGGUUAGCAUUCAUUUCUACCAUGCAGUUGUAUGUCAUGACUAGCUUUUACUCUGAAUUACAGAAAAAAUUAACAGCUAGCUAGGUGAUUUUUGUAAAGUCCUCAAAGAAUAUAUUAACAAACACCAGUACUCUUCUCUCAUUUCUGUGACUUCACCAUUGGAUUUAGAACUACAUGAGGAAUAAUUCAGGGAAGAGAUUGGAAGUAUAGCAGCUACUCUUUCUUAGUGGAUAGCUGUGUAACAUGUAGGAAUUGCUUUAUCACUUAUCUUUGACCCAUAGGCAUGUUGUGUGGGGUGGAACUAUUUCUAAAAACACAGUAAGGGGAGAGCAAUUAAUGCCAGCAACACCAGAGGCCUGGUCAUGUGAUACAGUAUAAUGUUGGGCUGGUCAAAUGGUUCUGCCUAAAGAUUGGAGCUCACUCUCAACUGAUUUCAGCACCAGAACUAUACUGGCAUUUUGGAGAAAAAUCAUUUAUAUAGAGACUUCUGAGGACUACUAAUAAUCCUCAGGCACAGAAUUGAUCCACAGUGAACACAGUUCCCAAUUCCAGUCUUCAGAAAUCCAACAGCUGUUCCUUUGUUAGAGAAAUUAUUUCUCAGAUCUUUUACUUGGUCCAGAAUCAGAUUCUACUGAUUAAUUAUAGGGUUUCCACACACUUUCCCUUUUAAAGAUCAAACAGAGCAAUCUUUCAGAUAGAAGCCUAUGUCUGACCAAAUGGUUUCACAAGAACACCUGGGACCUUGCUUCUCUUUGUAUUCGUCCUGAGGGGCGGUCUAGAAGGAAAGACAGAGUCUAGGACUUACCCCUCUUUCCAAAUUGUGCUCAUUUCCUUCCCCACCCUAUACUUGGUGUUUGCCCCCCACAGAGUGCCUGGAAUCUUUAUAAUGAAAAAAAUUUAAAGCAGCAAUAUGUCAUAAACGAAACCUGAAAAGUUUGUAACUGCACUAAUGGAAGCUUUUUUUCCAGUUUGCUGGCUUUUAAUGGUACCAUGUUGUAACACCCAUCAAUGGACAAUCAAAUUGCAGGAAAACACCGUAAGAUCCAAGAUUUAAGGACUAAUGCAUGAUUCAGUCUGCUUACCCUCUUCCUUCUCUCCCCCUUUGCACUCUCUUCCAGCCCUGUGCUCACCAAAGUGUGCUUCACAGGUACACACUGCUGAAAAACAUACAUCCUUAUCCAAAUAGCUUUACAUUUCCUAAAAUGCCAUAAGAAAAUGUAAUAUCUGGGUACGGAAUAAGGGGGCAAGUCCCAAGUUUGCAUAAGACAAGUACAUUUCAGCUUGCAAGUUACUGAACACAAAAAAUGCUAUUUGGAUUUUGUUUCACAUCAGUUAAAAGUUACAAGAAAAUAAUGUAGAUAGAAUUAAUUGCAGACAAGGAAAGAAAAAAAAACUUGAAUGAAGUGGAUUUUACAGAAAGCUUUAUGAUAAUUUUUGAAUGCAUUAUUUAUUUUUUUCUGCCAUGCAUUUUUUCUCACCAAAUGACCUUACCUGUAAUACAGUCUUGUUUGUCUGUUUACAACCAUGUAUUUAUUGCAAUGUACAUACUGUAAUGUUAAUUGUAAAUUAUCAGUUCUUAUUAAAACAUCGUCCUGUGAUGGGAUGGUGUUGAUAUAUUUGGAAACUCUUGGUGAGAGAAUGAAUGGUGUGUAUACAUACUCCUUGUACAUUUUUCUUUUCUUCUGUAAUAUAGUCUUGUCACUUUAGAGCUUGUUUAUGGAAGAUUCAAGAAAACUAUAAAAUACAUAAAGAUAUAUAAAUUUAAAUAACAUAGCUGCAGGUCUUUGGUCCCAGGGCUGUGCCUUAACUUUAACCAGUAUUUUCUUCUCUUUUGCUGCAUUUCAAACUAAGGUCAUGGUAGGCUAGGGCUGAGCAUUAUAUAUCCAAACUUUAAAAUGAUUGGAUUUCUGGCAGUUGCUAGGUUUGACAAAACCCAUAGAUCACCUCUGAAGGAUCAUGUGACCCUUUUAAGAUAUAAGCUUUAAAAUACUUCUUGCCAACGAGUGAUCUUGCGUGGAUGGUGACUUUUUCCAGCUGUCAAGCAGGAGCUACCUUUGCUUUUUACUUUCAAACAUGACUGUGGGAAUACUCCUGUCCAAUGAUUAUAGAAAGGCCCUUUGUUUUCUAGGGAUCACAGGAAAUGGAACUUGUUUGGAACUAGAGUCAACUCAUCUUGGUUUAUCUGCUCACCAACUUUCUAUCAUGUAAAGAAGCUGUACAUUAUGAAAAAGCUCAUUGGUUUAUUUCUUGAAUUUUUCUCUUAAGAACAACCGAAUUUCCAAAUGUAUGUAAAUCCAUUUAUUUCAACACUAAGUUAUCUAUGUUGCCAGUUCACAUAAGUAACUCUUCUCUAAAACAUGAUUCUGUAAAACAUGCAUUCAUUUAGCAUUUUUAAAAAUUUACAUUUUCACAGUGGUCAGCUCCUGACAGCCAUGGAAAAUUCUGAGUAAAUAGUGUGGAAAUCACUUCUUACUGCUGCUCAGCCCUUGGGACAUGUGACGUCAGUGAAAGGAAGGAUACUUUUCUAGGAAAAAUGAGCCUCCUAUUAUUUUAUUUUAUUUUGACACAAACUGUAGAUUUUAGCAGCCCUGGCCCAAAGGAAUUUGAUUACUUUUGUUUUAAACAGUAUAAAUGGGACACUACAAUUACAAAAUACAUCCUUACUGAUUUUAUUUUUUUUAAUUUUUAUUUCUUUGGAUAUGUUUUCAGAGUGGUAAAUUGUGUGUGAGCAUUACAAAUGAUGAUUCUUUUAGUAGUUUCUUAGCCUCUCUUACAGCCCAUGGGGAUAGUACUGUACAUCGAUACCUUCCUAUGAAAUUUUUAUAUGCAAUGAAAAUAAAAGCAUGGGUUGAUUCUGCCUA